CGAGUGAUGACAGCUUUGAGAUAUGGGGCGCCAACGCCGAAGAAUGCGGUAAGACGCCCACCGCACACACGGACCCACUCCCCACGACACAUUUCUUCGCGCGCCGAUACCUCUUCCUUUCCUGCGGUUAAAUUCUUCUCCUCAUUUCCACUCCCCUAUUUACCGCGCUGCUAUGCUUGGCCGACAUUUGAGUUUCGAGCUCAAUCUGCUGCUUCUAGCGCACUCGAUCACCACUGAUUCAUCACCGGCAUCUGAUUAGAUGAGCGUGGCCUCUGGAGGCGGAUCUCCGCCGUCGGAGUCAGCCGAGCCGCUGUACUCCACUGAGAAGAUAUCGGUGUGGUGGGACAUAGAGAACUGCCAAGUCCCCAGGAACUUCGACCCGCACGUUAUCGCGCAGAACAUUAGUUCGGCUCUGGUGGCGAUGAACUACUGCGGCCCUGUUUCCAUUUCCGCCUACGGUGACACUACCAAGCUCUCUCCAUCACUUCAACAUGCCCUGAAUAGCACCGGCAUCUCCCUCAACCAUGUCCCAGCAGGUGCUAAAGAUGCUAGCGACAAGAAGAUUCUUGUGGAUAUGCUAUUCUGGGCAGUGGACAAUCCCCCUCCUGCAAAUUAUCUGUUAAUAUCUGGCGACCGGGAUUUUUCAAAUGCUCUCCACCAGUUACGAAUGCGUAGAUAUAAUAUUCUUCUAGCACAACCUCAAAAAGCCUCGCCAGCUCUUGUUGCUGCAUCAAAAAGUGUAUGGCUAUGGACAAGUCUUAUAUCUGGAGCUCCACCUCUUACUAAUACUGAAUUAAAGCAAUUAGUGGUGCAAGUUGGCAUUUCAACCCAUUUAAAUCAAUCUUCGAAUACAUUCCGUGAAAGUCCUCACCACUCGAAUCAGAAGUUCAUCAACAUGGGAAAGGGUUCAGAUGUUAAUUCUAUGGGCAAACAAAUCCGAAGAAAUACUUAUCUACCUAGUAGUAUGCCAAGAACUUCAAAUGCAACAGUACAAUAUCAAUGGUACCCUAAAAGUUUCAAUGAUUCUCAAGAUUUAUCUUCUGCUGCUCCUAAUUCAGGAAUUAUUCCUUCGAGUGGAGUUCAGCCUGCUCCAAAUAUCAGUAACCCUGUGUCUUCUUCAAUCAAUGUGCUUAAUACACCAAAACAAUACCAAAGUUCUCCAACAAUGCCAAUAACGCCAAACGUGCCACCAGCACCUCCAAAAGGUAAUCCAUUUCCACCCCUUCCACACGCCCGCCCUGCACAAAAGAUUCGUACCAUUCCUCUCUUUGAACCAAGGAGAGGAGUAGAAGAGGUUAAACCAGUUCCAAGUAUUAUAUCUUCUGACCUUAUAAACUUAAACGAGUCUCAGAAAGCAAUUAGUAGCCUGCAUAAGCAAUCAUCAAUAUACAGUGAUAGAGAUUCUUACAGUCACCCAUUCUCUGGGAAAGAUACUCCGCAUUUGUCUUCUUCCACAAACCCUUGCAACAAUGUGCAGAACCUUGGGGAUGUUAUGAUACAUACGUUGGACACUCUAAAAAGGGAGAAGCUUAUGCCAACGGAAAUGAACAUAACUGAUUGUAUUCAUGCUGCAGGUCCAGAUUAUCGCAACAUUGAUGUUAAGAAGGCUCUUGAGAUUGCACUUAAAAAUCAAAUUGUAGUAAUGCAAAACUUAGGAUCUUUAGAACUAUAUGUCCGCAAGAAUGGUAAAUUGUGGAAGUGUGUCAAUCCCCUUGAUGGAAAUCUAGAGGAUUAUUCAACAGAAAUAUGGGAUAAAGUUCAUGAAUUCAUGUCAUCUUCAACUGGAAAAUCUGCUCUGAGCGCUACCCAAAGCAGGUAUGAAGCAGCUACCGUUAUAAAGGAGAUGUGUUUUAAAGAACUAACUGUAGGUGAAGUUCUUAAAAUCUUACACGUGGUUAUAAAUAUCAAGAAAUGGAUGAAACCUCAUCCAUCAGGAUGGCUGCCAAUUAGGAUUGCUAUUGCAUAGACUAACGCUACAUAAAUCUGGUCCAGGAGGGCCUACUAUACUUAACUCUCUUAUUUGGAGCAUAAGCUAGUAAAAUUUUGACCCUCAUCCAUGUUUUAGUGAAAAUCAAUUAGUAAGUGUUACUUCAACAGUUAGAGCAAGUGCAUUGUGUUUUGGAGGUUUGGCAACUAUUAGACAGCCUAGUCGGCAGUGAACAGGAGAAUCCAGAGGUUGAAUAGAAGGGUAAAAAUCACUCUUGAUAAGCUACCAUCCAACAAUAGCUGGAAAUCACUAUAAUGGAAUUGUUUAUAAUGGAAAUCACUACAUGGAGCAUAUAAGUCAUGUUUUUGAGUCAUACUAAAAAUAUACUCGUGGGUUUGUUUUGGUAAAAAACAUCAAAUAUUGGAAUCUUGUUAGACAUGUGUUCUGCAGUUAAACUGCAAUUUCUGUUACAAGAUUAUCUCUGUGGAAACAUUGGAGGACAUGUUGAGUUGGUGACUGCACCCGAAUGGAGAAAAAAUCAUCUAUGGAUAUGUCAUCUUCUGAAUGUUAAGAUGCUUGAGCAGGUUAGGGCCGACCACAAUUCGGUUUGUUAUUGAACAUCCGAGAUUUACUGAUUGAAAGAAGUUAUAGAGGAAUAGUUGUAGUAUGUUGAACAUUGAGAUUGAUAUUACUAAGAAAAAUGGAUGCUUGGUUUCUUUUUGCAUUUUGAAUCCCUUCUGAUUUUUAUAGAUGUCUUGUAACAUAAUACACCUCAAACUGGCUUUAUGGUUUCACUUCACACUUGCAUUGAAGAGUAAGAGUGUAAGACCUCC